AUGGGUUGCUGUGGCUGUGGAGGUUGCGGUGGCUGCAGCGGUGGCUGCGGUGGCUGCAGCGGUGGCUGCAGUGGCUGCGGUGGCUGCGGUGGUGGCUGCGGCAGCUGCACCACAUGCAGGUGCUACCGGGUGGGCUGCUGCUCUAACUGCUGCCCCUGCUGCCGCGGGUGCUGUGGGGGCUGCUGCAGCACCCCUGUGAUCUGCUGCUACCGCCGCACCUGCCGCCGCUCCUGUGGCUGUGGCUCCUGUGGCUGCGGCUCCUGUGGCUGUGGGAAGGGCUGCUGCCAGCAGAAGUGCUGCCAGCAGAAGUGCGGCUGCAAGAAGCAGUGCUGCUGCUAG